CGCCCACCCGACCCCCGGCAGUAUUCAUACGUGGCUUUAUCAACCCCUUGCCAGACGCCGCAAUGAAGUCUGCUGGGACGCGCAUAUGAGACGCGUCUUUGUGUCUUUACGGCGCCGCCUUUCCUUAUCCAUCCCACCUUGUCCGGUUAAAGGGACGACAGACAGCCUUGGAGACAGAGCUGUGUGACUAUGUCUAGUAAGAACCUUAAACAGACAUUCUGGAUUUUCCUCUUCCUUGUGCUGCUCGUUGUCCUCUGGGUUUUCAAUGACUUGCGAGGGGGCCCAGUGUUUCUCUACCUGGGCCCUAACCUCAGCCUUCUCUUCCUUAAUGAGACCAUCUAUCCCAUCAAAGGCACCAGGCAUCUUCAAGUGUCUGCCUACUUGGAUGAAAGAAAAGGAAAGGGAACUGUUCGGAUCAUCACCAUGUUCUACAGACCAGGGCCACACAAACUUCAGUGCAUUUUUAACUGCAACAAGGGCGUCCCGUUCACCACCCCAGCUCAGGUAGAGCAGCACAGUGACAACUUUGGCUUCCCAUUCGUAACUGCGGAUGUUUUUUGUGAAACAUCUUACAGGUGUAAGGCCACACAUGUCGGCCUUCAAACACAAGGGUCCAUGCAGAAUAAUGACAGCUUGAUGCCCAUUCAAAACCUGCAGCAGCGUAACAACGGCUUUGAGCGAGACUUGACCGUCUGUAUCUCCAAUCUCUUUGGGGACUACAACAAUGUCUUGCAGUUCAUCCAGACCAUGGAGGUGUACAAGAUACUGGGGAUCGGGAGAGUAGUGAUCUACAACACCAGCAGCAGCCACAUGCUGGAGAAGGUCCUGCAUUACUAUGUAAACGAGGACAUGUUGGAGGUGAUCCCUUGGCCGAUCUCUCACUUCCUCAAUCCUUCACGUGGCUGGAGAUUUGAAGAGCACGGUGGGGACAUUCACUACUUCGGCCAGCUCACAACUCUCAAUGACUGUAUUUAUCGCAACAUGUACAAGUCCAGGUUCUUGCUUCUUAAUGACAUUGAUGAGAUCAUUGCUCCUUACCAGCACACAAAUCUGAACCUGAUGAUGGAUGAGUUGGAAAAGAAACAGCCUGACACGUGCGUGUUCCUAGUAGAGAACCACAUCUAUCCAUAUAACGUGUUUGACGAUAGCGGAAGGUUCAAUCUGUCACUGUGGAGGCAAGUACCAGGAAUAAAUAUCAUGGAACACAUCCAUAGGGAGCCAGACCGCAAACACAUUGUAAAUCCCACCAAGAUCAUAGUUAACCCCCGUAAAGUGGAGCAGACAUCGGUGCACUCUGUUCUGAAGAGGUUUGGAAAUGAAUACAGGGUUCCUUUUGACAUCUGCAGGAUCGUACACGUGCGGGUGCCUUUACAGGGACAUCUGUCCAAAGAGGAGCUAAUUGUGGACACCAAACUGUGGGAAUAUCACAAGGAGUUGGUACCAAGGGUCAAUAAAGUCAUUGGAGAAAGUGGCAUUUUGAGCUGA